AUGGGCGACUGGGAUAAUGUGGAGCGCCACAAGUGGAAUUGCGACUACCCGCUGCUGCUCAACAGUCCCGAGGGAGCGAAGAGUGGAUCGCAGAGCAACUACGGUGGCAUGGGCACUAAGAGUAUGCGUGUGGCUGUCGACGACAGUCUGAAGCGCCUUCAGGUCAGUCAUAUUGAUCUAUACUGCGUUCAUGCGUGGGAAUUUGCUACCUCUAUCCCUGGGCUGAUGAAAUCACUCAAUACCCUCGUGCAACAGGGCAAGGUGCUAUAUCUAGGGAUCAGCGACACGCCUGCCUGGGUCAUUACCAAGGAUAAUGCUUAUGCGCGCGAGUAUGGUCUACGUCAGUUCUCCGUCUACCAGGGUCGGUAUUCGGCUAUGAUGCGCGAUCUCGAGCGUGAUAUCAUCCCUAUGGCUCGGGAUGAGGGCAUGGCUAUUCACUCGUGGGAUGUGCUCGGCAGUGUCCCUCUUACGUCCGUUGCGCUCGCCUAUGCACCGCAGAAGGCUCCGUAUAUCUUCCCUAUGGUUGGCGGAAACAAAGUCUUUCAUCUCAAGGUCAAUGUCGCAGCCUUGAGCCUAGAGCUUACUCCCGAGGAUGUUGCAGAGGUUGGCAAAGGCUACGACUUUGAUCUUGGCUUCCCACACGACUUCCUCAACUUGGCUGGCCUUAUGCCCCAUGGUCCACAGCACGUGUACUUCCUCGCGGGCUUGGGUCAUUUCGAUUAUGUCGAGCCUACGACUGGAAUCAAGCCUCGGAAGUAG